CGUGUUACACUUAAAUUUGCCCCCUUCAUGCAUGUUACAUUUGAAAGUACACACUAGCAUACUAAAUAGUGCACCUAAAUAAUAUCAAACUUCAAUUUGACACACUGUUUAGUGCUCUUUUGGACGUAGCUGCAGUCCCUGAGGCGUUUCUGUAAUAUUGCUCCAUUCAGAUACAGACAAGAUGCAGUACUGCAGCACACGUGGAGGGGUUCACGGCUGGGACUUCCAGAAUGUUCUCUUCUCAGGCUAUGCUCCAGACGGGGGCAUGUUUAUGCCUGAGACAAUUCCCUCAAUCUCCCCUGCCACUCUCCGAUCCUGGUGCUCUCUAUCCUACCAGCAGCUCGUGUGUGAAGUGUGUUCGCUCUUCAUCCCUGAGCAGCUCAUCCCGAAGCAUGACUUGGAAGCCCUGGUCUCUAGUGCUCUGUCCAAGUUCUCCGUGCCAGAUGCAGUGAAGAUGGUGCGACUGAAGGGCUCUCUGUCCAUCUUGGAACUGUUCCAUGGAAAGACGCUGGCUUUUAAAGAUCUGGCCAUGACCUGCACCACACGCUUUCUGGAGUACUUCCUGCGCAAGGACAACAGACGUGCCAUCAUCCUCGUGGGGACAUCUGGGGACACUGGAGGCUCAGCCAUCAGCAGUGUGUGUGAUCUUAGUGCGGUGGACGUAGUGGUGGUUUUCCCCCGUGGACGAAUCUCUCAGGUGCAGGAGAGACAGAUGACCACUCACAUAGAGGACAAUGUCCAUGUUUUUGCAGCGGACGGAAGUUCGGAUGAAAUCGACGUGCCUUUGAGGAAGCUGUUUGCAGAUCAGGACUUGGUGAAUCGCUACGGUCUGAUGAGCCUGAACUCAGUGAACUGGUCACGCAUUCUGGUACAGCUCGCUCAUUUUAUAUACGCCUACCUGCAGCUGAGUGGAGUUCGGGAUACAGAUAGAGACAGACUACCUGCUCUGGAGGUAGUGGUGCCCACAGGAGGGGCAGGAAAUAUAACAGCUGGGUGCAUUGUAAAGCACAUGGGGGUUCCUCUGCACCUCGUGGCCAUGGUGAACUCUAAUGACGUAGUGCACCGUGCAGUUCAGAGUGGAGAUUUCUCCAUGGCCGACUGCGUCAAGCAAACUCUGGCUCCUGCCAUCGAUAUUCAGGAUCCUUAUAACAUGGAGCGUGUGUUCUGGCUGUUAUCUGGGAAAGAUGGCGCUUUAGUAAAGAAGAUGAUGGAGCAGUUUCAGGACACUCACACGCUAUCAAUACCUGAAACACUCCACAAAAAGUUGUGUUCAGUCAUGUGUUCAGGUUCUGUGUCUGAUGAGGGGAUAAUGGAGGCCAUAAAGAGGUGCUGGGAGGAAAAUCAGUAUUUGGUGUGUCCUCAUACAGCUGUGGGAGUCUGGCAUCACUACCAUUGUCCUGUCCGCAAUGGGGAGAAUAGGUGUUGCAUUGCGACAGCGUCUCCAGCCAAGUUUCUCGAAGUGGUACAGAAAGCAGGCCUGACCGAAAGCAUCGACGUCCCCGAAGCAGUGAGGCAGUUGGAAACCAAGGAGACACGCUAUAAACAUCUAGAGAGAAAUGAGAACUGGGAAAGAGCGCUAAGAGAACGCAUCGAGGCUAUCGGCUCUGCUCGACAACAGGGAGCACAGUUUUAUACAUGAUAUACAUGUUUAGUGACUGGAAAUUUAUGGGUUGAAAUCCUUGCAUUAGCACUCAACUACUCAAAUCUACCUUUGGCCCUUGAUUCAUUAAAGAUUUGUGUGUAUAAAAACACAUGCGACCUUGAUUUAAAAAAAAAAAAUGUCCAAAUUAAUUUACUAUUAUUAUUAUCUUGACUUACACAAGAGCGGUCUUGAAUGUUUUGCAUGUUUAGGGUUUUUCUAUACAUGUUAUUUUAGUAAUAUACAAAACACACACACGUCAGUGCAGAUGGAUUAUUAAGAUUAUUAAUUAAGCACCCAUGGCAUGAUUUACUGAAGCCAAGGCACAUCGAAUUUGAAAAUGAAUACCACCGAAGGGCAAGUAUGCAGUUUCCUAUUUCAUAUUCACCACAUGAUCGUGCCUCCAUUUCCAGCAGUGUUCAUGUGAAUAUGGUUUCUUUACAUAUAUACCAUAUAACAGAACUCAGUCAUUUCUGCACACGUUUUUUCUACAUUCAUAUUAUGUUUUAAACCAGUGGGCGUUUCAGUUUGAGUUCACUCUUCCGGGAGUCUCUUGCAGAUGUAUGUGAUGACAUUUAUGCACUUGUUCUCUGUAAAUCACUUAAAAAAUGGCAAAUAAUUGCACACACAGCUAACACAGAUAGUUAUUUGAGAUUUUAAUAACUAAGGCCUCAUGUGUAUGUGAAUGAUUUUUUACAUUUAUUUUUAAAUGCAUAUAAAAAGUGAAAUGAAAAGGUACUGAAAAUGUGGGACUGUGCAGAAACUCCAUCCAUCCAUCCAUUUUCAAUACCGCUUAUCCUUCACAGGGUCACAGCGGAGCCUGGAGCCUAUCCCAGGGGACUCGGGGCACGGGCCGGGGGACACACUGGAUGGGUUGCCAACCCGUCGCAGGGCACAAUCACACACACAUUCACACAGUACAAACAAUUUGGAAAUGCCAAUCAGCCACAGCGCUUGUCUUUAGACUAGGGGAGGAAAUCUCCGAGACACGUGGAGAGCAUGCAACGCACAGGGUGGAGGCGGGAUUCAAACCCCCAAACACAGAGGUGCAAGGCAAACAUGCUAACCACUAAGAACGCAAUCCAGAAACUCAUUAAAUAUAAUUUUGGUUUAAUAAUCGCUUAAUUUGAUUCUGUAUGUUUUGCUUUCAGAUUUGUUCCUGAUUAAAGACUUGAUUAAAACUUUCA